UAAACUGAGCAGCUAGGCGUAUAGGUACGCGUAUCAUCGACCUGACAACUAUAGUGUCAAUAAGGCUCCAAUCCUAUACCUUUUCCAAAUUCCAUUCGUUGGACGCUCGCAAGGCCCUGUGUGGAGACCACGGGGAUGGUUAGAUGGCCCAGGUAUAUAAAGGCCCCGAAUAGCCUCGAAUAAUCAUUCUGGACUCCGCUCUGAAACUAGAACAUUCAACAUUUCUUGCUCACUAGUUUGACAUAGUCGCAUCUCUUCGACUACUGGCAAGAUGAGUUUCAUUAAGGUUAUAACCACCGAUGGAGUAUUCAAAAUCGACGUUGAUAUAGCUACGCGCUUUAAGACAAUCAAAACUUUGCUAGACGACCUGGGCAUAGAUCCAAAAGAAGUAGACGAAGAAAUCCCACUUCCGUACAUUAGCUCGGAAAUUUUAAGUAGAAUCGUCGAAUGGGCGAGUUAUCACAGGGACGAUCCUGUCGAAGAGGAGGAAGAGGAUAUCUACCAUCAAAAGAGAUACGACCUAAGCGAUUGGGAUAGAACGUUUCUAGAGACAGAAAGAGAAGCCAAAAGACUGAUUCCUUUAAUAAUAGCUGUUAACUUCCUAGAUAUUGAUUCUCUGAUGGGUGCAUCCUGCCAAUACGUGUGGGGCCUAAUUUCAAAUAAAAAGGCUUAUGAGGUUCGGAAACUUUUAAAACUUGAUCCGAUAGAAAAACGAGAGAAAUCCACCCAGAAUACCGAGGCCUCACCCGUGGAGAGUAAUGAGAGUAAUGAGGAGAAUAUAGGAAACUCGAACGAAAACGCAAUCGAUUUAUCUACCAGUAAUCGUCCGGUAUCAUCGUAGACAGCGAAUUUGGCAGCGACUUUAUGGCGACUUAGGAAUACGGCGUACAGUGUACACUUGAUGUGAGUUGAUUCAUUCCUUUGUGACCGUCACGAGACAGUACCAAAAACUGGUUCUACUGUUCUAAUGGUCAUGACACUUUUUGCGUGACGGGACAAGGAAAAGAAUAUACUCACGUACCAUGUUCAAUUUACCUACGCAUUAUCCUUCGCUUCUUCAACAUCUUAUUGCCGCCAUAAUUAUGGAAAUGAACAACGAGUUUUGCUGCUGCAGCUUCGUUUGGAUAUCAAUACAGAUAAUUUUAGAGACUUUUUCUGUUUUUAGUCUAUUAUGACAUUUUGACUGUUAGUAUGGAUAUACUUUACGAUAACGGUCGUGCUGUAUAAUAUGCUCUUUUUAAAUAUGCUAUCAAUUUUGUAAAUGACAAUCUUGGAAUAAAUAGAAAUCAUUCUGCAAUGUAAUAAAAUACAACGAAAUUA